AAAACUUAGGUCACUGAAUUUAAAAAUCCUAUAUAAUUUAUGAUGAUCAACUAUUUAUUAUUCGAAAAUUUGCAUUUUGAAGGCUCUUCUUGUUUUAACGAUUAGCUUUCUGGAAACCAAACAACUGUUGUAUUAGUUGUCGCGCAGAUGCUCUCUGCACGUAUUGCUUUACGUUUCAUUUCAACAUCAUUUGCGCGAGUAACAGAUCGUCUCGCUUCAAAUUCUAUUCGUAAUUCAUCUACCUUCAAGUAUUCCGACCUGAUUACUAAUACUACUACAAACAGAAAGCCAGUACCUGAAAAACCGUCAGAGUUUGGAUCCACUUUCACAGAUCACAUGCUAAUCAUUAACUGGAAAAAAGAUUCAGGCUGGUCACCACCUGAAAUAUGUGAAUGUAAAGAGUUUCCUAUUCACCCUGGUUCCAAGGUUUUGCACUACUCUAUUGAAGCUUUUGAAGGUAUGAAGGCUAUGCUAUCAAAAGAUGGAAAACUGAAAAUGUUUCGUCCUGACAAGCACUGUAAUCGUCUGCUUGACUCCACUAAGGCUUUAUGUCUUCCAGAAUUCGAUCCUGGGGAGUUACUCAAGUGCAUGAAAGCACUACUGAGAAUAGAUCAGUCAUGGGCUCCGAAGGGUAUAGGGACUGCACUUUAUAUGCGACCAGUAAUAUUUGGGACUGAACCAUCAAUCCAACUGGAUGUAAGCUCAGAAGCCAAGCUGAUAGUGAUGCUUUCUCCCGUUGGUGAAUACUAUGCUGGAGAAAAGAAUGGAAUUUCAUUGUAUGCUGAUCCUGAAUUUGUUCGUUCUUGGCCUGGUGGGUAUGGAGCUUAUAAAGUUGGUUCAAAUUAUGGACCAACACUUAAAGUUCAGAAUAUAGCCAAAGAAAAAGGAUGUGAAAACAAUCUCUGGCUUAGUGGUGCAGAAGAGUAUAUUGCAGAAGCUGGAACAAUGAAUAUUUUUAUUUACUGGACUGAUGAGUCUGGAAGAAAUAUUCUGUCAACACCGAGGUUAAGCGGGUUACUUUUACCAGGAGUUACACGCUUGAGUAUUUUGGAAUUAGCAAGAGCUUCAGAUAAACUAAGAGUUGAAGAAAGAAGAAUCAGCAUAAAAGAAGUUAUAAAAGCAACUGAAGAGAAACGAAUGCUUGGCAUGUUUGGAACAGGAACAGCCUGUUUUAUUAUGCCUAUAAAUAGUAUCCUUUACAGGGAUAAACAUUAUGAGAUACCAAAUAAUUCAUGUGAAAGAGGACUAAUUAACUGGCUUAAAAGAAGACUUACAAAUAUACACUAUGGUCUGAGAGGUCCACAUCCAUGGAUGGUGUCAAUUGAUGAAUGAACAGGUGUAAAAUGCAAGCAGAUAUUCACCACACAAGAAAUCAUUUUCAUCUUGUUCAUGGAAAGACUGUUUUGAAUACACUAAUUAUUUUCCCUAAAGCUGACUAUGAAUUAUCAUUCACAUUUUCUUUCUAACUUCCUAGAAUAUUUUAUUUUAUUUUCAAAUAUUG